AGCAAAAACCAAAAACUUUCUGCCAAUUAAUUGACUCAGAAUGAACAAAGAGUACAUUUAAAAAAAUAAACCCACUUAGAUAAAUAAAACCAAAACCCAUCUGCAUCACCAUCUCUAAAUUAACAACAAUACCCAAUUACAAUAUUAUUAAUUAAUAGAAUAAAGAAGUUGCUCUUGGAUCCAGAUCUUCUGCUUUUCUUCUAUAAACAAAACAUGGGGUUCCCCCCUCUACAAUCCCAAAACAGAUCACCUGCUCUCUUCUCUCAGCAAUGCCUGCUACUCUAAGGAAUCUCUUGCUUUCUCCCAAUAUCUUCUCCAUCACCUUACUUCUUUCAAUAAACUCCCUUUUCUUUUCUUCUUGUUACUCAAUUGAUGAACAAGGCCAAGCUCUUCUAGCAUGGAAGAACAGCUUAAACGGUUCCACAGAUGCAUUGAAAUCAUGGAAUCCUUCAGACACAAGUCCAUGCAACUGGUUCGGGGUCCGCUGCAGCUCCAAUGGAGAAGUGGUCGAGAUAAUCUUGAAAGCAUUAGAUUUUCAAGGUCCAUUGCCUUCAAAUUUUCACUCUCUCAAGUCCUUAAAGACCCUAAUCCUCUCUUCCUCGAAUCUCACUGGCACAAUUCCAAAAGAGUUUGGAAAGUAUCGUGAGCUCAGUUUUGUUGAUGUCAGUGGCAAUUCUCUCUCUGGUGAAAUCCCAGAAGAAAUAUGCAGGCUAAACAAACUGCAAACUUUAUCUCUCAAUACAAAUUUUCUCGAAGGGAAAAUCCCUUCAGGCAUUGGAAAUCUCUCAAGUCUUGUGUAUCUGACUCUCUAUGACAACCAACUCAGUGGUGAAAUUCCAAAGAGUAUUGGAUCACUAACAAAGCUAGAAGUUUUCAGAGCAGGAGGGAACAAAAAUCUUAAUGGUGAGCUGCCUUGGGAGAUUGGAAACUGCACCAACUUGGUCAUGUUAGGCCUUGCUGAAACCAGCAUUACCGGAAGUCUUCCCUCAUCGAUUGGAAUGCUUAAAAGAAUCCAAACCAUUGCCUUAUAUACAUCUCUGUUGUCUGGUCCAAUCCCUGAAGAAAUUGGAAACUGCAGCGAGUUGCAGAACUUGUACUUGUACCAGAAUUCCAUUACUGGUCCAAUCCCAAGGAGAAUUGGGGAGCUCAGCAAGCUUCAGAGUCUACUGCUGUGGCAGAACAGCUUAGUGGGGUCAAUUCCAGAUGAGCUUCGAAGCUGCAGGGAGCUCACAGUCAUGGACUUAUCAGAAAAUCUUCUGACAGGCAAGAUACCAAAAAGUUUUGGUGAGCUUUCCAAGCUUCAAGAGCUUCAGCUGAGUGUCAAUCAGUUAUCAGGUACUAUACCUACUGAAAUUUCAAAUUGCAUGGAUCUGACUCAUUUGGAAGUGGACAACAACGACAUUUCAGGGGAGAUUCCUGUUCUCAUUGGCAACCUUAAGAGCUUAACUCUAUUUUUCGCCUGGCAAAAUAGGCUUACGGGCAAUAUUCCUGAGAGUCUCUCAGACUGUCAAGAGCUUCAGGCUGUUGAUCUUUCUUACAACAAUUUAUUUGGUUCAAUACCAAGAAAUAUUUUUGGAUUGAGAAAUCUCACCAAGCUGCUGCUACUUUCCAAUGAUUUAUCUGGUUUUAUACCGCCGGAUAUAGGAAACUGCACGAGCCUGUACAGGUUAAGGUUAAAUCACAACAGGCUGGCAGGUACUGUUCCAUCGGAGAUUGGCAACUUGAAGAGCUUGAACUUUGUUGAUUUGAGCAACAACCGUCUUGUUGGAGCAGUCCCUCCAUCAAUAUCAGGAUGUCAGAACCUUGAGUUUCUUGAUCUUCAUUCAAAUGGGAUCACUGGUUCUGUCCCUGAUACUCUGCCUACAAGCCUGCAGUUUGUUGACAUCUCAGACAAUAGGCUUACUGGUCAGCUUCCUCAUAGCAUUGGGUCAUUAACGGAGUUAACAAAACUCAACCUGGGGAAGAAUCAGCUCUCUGGCAGCAUACCAGCCGAGAUCCUUUCUUGCAGUAAGCUUCAAUUGCUAGACCUUGGCAACAAUGGCUUCUCAGGUGAAAUUCCAAAGCAACUUGGGCAAAUUCCUUCACUUGAAAUAUCUCUCAAUCUAAGCUGUAACCUGUUUUCUGGUGAAAUCCCAUCCCAAUUCUCUGGCCUUAGCAAGCUAGGAAUUCUUGACCUCUCCCACAAUAAGCUCUCUGGAAACUUAAACACUCUCAAAAACCUUGAAAACCUUGUUUCCCUCAAUGUCUCUUUCAAUGACUUAUCUGGUGAAUUGCCUAACACCCCAUUCUUUCGGAAACUCCCGCUUAGUGACCUUACUGCAAAUAAAGGUCUCUACAUCUCUGGCGGAGUUGUAACCCCGGCUGAUAGGAUACGAUCAAGCCACAACAGAUCAGUUAUGAAGCUAAUCACGUCCAUUCUCAUUAGUAUCAGUGGAGUACUUCUCCUGCUUGCUGUCUAUACACUAGUCCGUGCUCAAAUAGCCAGCAACAUUCUCAGGGAAGAUGAUAACUGGGAAAUGACCUUGUACCAGAAGCUUGAAUUCUCCGUAGAUGACAUAGUCAAGAAUUUGACAUCAUCUAAUGUGAUUGGCACUGGAAGCUCUGGAGUUGUAUACAGGGUGACAAUUCCAAAUGAAGAAACACUGGCAGUGAAGAAGAUGUGGUCAUCAGAAGAGUCAGGAGCAUUCAACUCUGAAAUUCAGACACUGGGUUCAAUCAGGCACAAGAACAUCAUCAGGCUCUUGGGUUGGGGUUCGAACCGAAGCCUGAAACUUCUGUUCUACGAUUACCUUCCCAAUGGAAGCUUGAGCUCACUGCUACAUGGUGCUGGGAAGGGAGGAGCAGAUUGGGAGGCUAGAUAUGAUGUUGUCUUAGGCGUGGCUCAUGCGCUUGCCUACUUGCACCAUGACUGUGUGCCUGCUAUUUUGCAUGGUGAUGUCAAAGCUAUGAACGUGUUGUUGGGUCCUGGCUAUGAGCCUUAUCUUGCUGACUUUGGAUUAGCUAGGAUUGUGAAUGGCAUUGGUGAUGAUGACUUUUCUAAAACAAGCCAAAGGCCUCAAUUAGCUGGUUCUUAUGGAUACAUGGCUCCAGAGCAUGCAUCAAUGCAGCGUAUCACUGAGAAGAGUGAUGUCUACAGUUUUGGUGUGGUUCUUUUAGAGGUAUUAACAGGGAGGCAUCCAUUAGACCCAACUUUGCCAGGGGGUGCACAUUUAGUUCAAUGGAUUCGUGAGCACUUGGCAAGGAAGCGAGAUCCGGUCGACAUCCUUGAUCAGAAGCUUAGGGGAAGAGCUGAUCCUACAAUGCACGAAAUGCUGCAAACACUAGCUGUGGCAUUCCUUUGUGUCAGCACUCGUGCUGAUGAUCGCCCGAUGAUGAAAGAUGUCGUAGCAAUGCUUACAGAAAUUCGACAUGUUGAGACUGCAAGGGGAGAACCAGAAUUGUUGAAGGGAGGAGGGUUGCAAUCAAUUUUGGCAUCCCCUCCUGCUAGGAAAGCAGUUUCACAAGGCUCUUCUAACUGCUCCUUUGCUUUCUCUGAAGAUUCAAUGCAAUGAGAAGUUAUGAACUUUCAUCCAUUGUGCAUAUUAUCUUGGGAGAAUCAAAAUCCCAUAGAGCAAGGAAGAAUACAGAGGAAGAAUAUUAGUGUAAAUUUAGAUUUUAAUUAUAUGUGGUUCUUGUAGAUUGAAAUAAUCAAUGCCUCCCCACUAGGAAAGAAUGGUCUUUUGGGGAAUAGGUGAUGGCUUAACUGUCUUCUGGUGGAGUGAUAGUAAAUGCAGGGUAUGUAGUAGAAGUGUUAAACAAUGAUUAGUAUUUUUGGAUUUAUGUAAUUAGAAUUUAAUGUGAGGGAACGAGAUUCCAUUCCAUGACA